AUGACAUCCGGGGAGCUAAACAAAGAGCCAAAGGCUGCAAAUGUUAGAUCUGUUCAGUGGACACCUCGAAAGGAGUUCCGAGGUGUAAAGAUGUCAAGAUUCAAUAGUGGGUCACCGUUUCAAGGUGUCACAUACACAGAACAGAAACCCUUCAUAAAAUUGGGAGGUGGGAAGCCAUUGGAAAUGACUCAAGGGGAAAAACUUAAGGGAAAAAUAUCUGGGGAUUUUAACCUCAGGCCACAAGAACAGUGUGUGAAGACCCUCCAGUUACCAGGACCAGAGGUACAAAAAGGGGGAAACUUCACAUCGUGUUCAGAACCACAGUCUCAUUGUGUGGAAACUGUGUCAGUUCACCAUGGAGCAGGGCUUGAAAACACAAAAUCUCCCUUGGGCUUACAGCCUAAAGGCAACACAGCCACAGAGUUACAACCCUCAGUACAAGAAAGGGAUGUGAAGACAUCUGAGGACUUGAUGACAAGGCUCAAGACAGAAGGUAAAGAACCUUCCGGGUCAACCCAGGCAUGCUUGUCUCACAGGUUCAAAACUUUUGACAAAUCUAUGCUGCCAUGGAAAAAUCCCAAAUGUGAUCCUACCUUAAGGUCAUUGAUCACUAAUAAAAAAUUAGUGACAUUCAAAUCCAGGUUCCAUAUAGAAGACAGGAGAUUUCCUAAACUGGCCCCUGGAAUACAGUCACGAGAAUUGAAACCAUUCAAGUCAUCUCCAGGAACUCAACAGCCUCAAGAUGUAACAUUUUCAGUGUUUAAAGAAGAGCCAAGGCCUUUAGAAGCAAAAUCUGGGGUAUUAGGCCAAGGGUCUGAGAUGAAGUCUGAGCCCCAGGGCCAAAGUACAAAAUGUUCUGACUUCACACCUGAAACAACAUCCCAAAAUAUGAAAUUAAAACUAACUCCCAGGUCACCGAUGAAAAGUAAACCAAUUUCGACCAAAAUUCAAAGGGUCAAGCUAGAUGUUAAACCAGGGCCUCAGUCCCAAAAUAUAAAAUCAGAUUCAAUUCUGAAGACAAAGCCUCAAGAAAUGGAGAUGGAAGACUGUGAAUCAGGCCCACAGUUACAAGAUCUUAAAUCUUUGAGGACGAUCAUGGGUGUAAAAGUCCAAGAUGUCAAAUCUAUGAGCUUCAGUCCUAGACCACACGUGGAAAGUAUGCCAUCUGAAUUCAUCACAGAGAAGAAUGUCCUUGGUAUGAAACCAGCAGAAAUGAGCCUACAAGGUGAGACACCACUCGUGGUCACCCCAAGGAAGUUGCUUUCAAGCACACAGUCUAUAGGGCUGGAUUCAGGCUUUAAUUCGCAAGAUUUGAAAUAUCCUGAGCUGAUCAUGGGCAUGACUCUUCAAGGGUCAAGCAAUUUGGGUGUAUCAACUUCUCAAGAUAUGAAUUCAUCUAACUUAAUGCUAGGGGCAAAGUUUCAAAAGAUCCAGAUUUGGAAGAACCAGCUUGGGUCGCGGCCUCAGUCAAAUGGUGUGAAUUCUGUGGUUUUACCGACAUCGCCCCCGGAAGAUAGAAAGUUUCCAGAGAGGAGCACACACACACCUUUUUGUACAAAUGCUGUAAAACUGACUCCUGGCAGUGAUCUGAAUGACUUGAGAAGUAAGGUGUUUUUGAAAGAACCUCUUUCUCAAAAUGUUCAAGCCAUACAUUUGAAGCCAGCAUCACAGUCUCAAAGUGUGCGGUCUUCAAAAGAACCAAUGAUAGUAUUGCCACCACAGUCCACCAGGAAGCUCUUAGCAGGACCAUCACUGACCAGUGUCAAAUUCUCAGAUUUGCCACUGAAAUCAGAGCAGAAAAAUAGAAAAUCUUUGGCAUUUCCUUCAGAGCCAAAGUGGCAAGGUGUAAAACAGGCGAAAUUGUCAUCAGUGUGUCUGCAGGAAAUUGGAAAAUCUGUGGAGUUACCACCAAAAUCAAUUUUUCAAAACGUGAAACCUGGGAACCUUAUGCCCCAGACAAUUCAUCCCCUCACAGAAUCCAUGAGACCAGAGCGAGAGGUGGAGGACUUUGCUGAGAUAAACAUGAAGCAUAGGUGUCAAGUCCCUAAAUCGGUGCAUUUUACUUCAACACCAGUUUCCCAAGAUUUGGGGUCUUUAGAAUUUACAAAUGGGGUGGUACAUAAAAGCAGAGAAAUGACAGGGAAAUCUAUGUGGUUGAGCUCCAAACCAACAGAUAACAUCCUAGAAUCGUUAGAGAUGCCCCCGAAGCUAGUUCUUCAAGUACCAGAAUUGUUUGAUCUGACUCCAACACUAAGUGAUCAUGAUUUAAAAUCCUCAGAGCCAAAUCUACAGAAAAGCUACCAGCUCCCAGAACCUCCUGAGUUACAUUCUUGGACGUGGCCUCAAUUUCAAGAUUUCAAGAAGUUACAGACAAAAGAGGGUACAGAAUCUGAUAGAAUGACCCUCAGCUUCAAGAACCAUGUUGCAGACACCAUAGAGUUGACUUGUGAAGCAAGACAUCAAGGGGAAGAAUUUAGAAUGACUCCAAAGGCGAUAAGUAGAAAGAUUGGAUUCAUAGAAAACUCUCCAAGGCCAUGUCCUCAAGACUUAGGACCUCUGGGGGUGGGCUCUAAGGAAAGAUCUCAAAGGGAACAAUCUGUAAUAACAACAAGGCCAUUCUGUCCCAUCCCAGAUACCACUUCAGGAAUAACACCAGGGCCAGGACCUCAGAUUCCCAAAUCUAAAAAUUUGGCCUCUAUGGUGUGGCUACACAAAGAAUCCUUUGAGUUGGCAGGCAAGGAAAAGAGUCAAGUUGUGGGAAAGAGAGACUCUGUAGAGCUCACCUUUGGUACACAGCAGUCAGGAGGGGUAGCGGCUAAGCUAACAACACCUCAGAAUCUGAGCCUGGAAAAUGUAAGCAUCACUCCGACAGAAUCACUGGAUGAAAUGAUAAACGUAGGGAUUAGUGUAAAGCCACGAGAUCAAGUAACAGAAUCUGUGAAGACACAGCUUUCAGUUCCUCACUCAGUGGCCCUCCCAAAAGUGUGUGAAUUUGUGGAAGUGAUCUCCAGACCACCACUUCAAGUUGCAAAGUCUGUGAUGAUUCCAGAAAAAGUGGCACCAGGACCAUGUCCCCAGGCUGUAGAACCAAUAGGACUGGGCAUGAGACCAAGCAUUAGAGUAAAGGAGUGUUUGAAUUUACACCCAAGACCACAUCUUCAAGACCUGGUAAAACCUAUGGAGUUAAUUCAAAGGGCAGAUAUUCAAGUGACUUCUGCAGAAUUAAUAUCUCAGCAAACAUCUCCCCUUAAGGAACCUACAGUGUCAACGCAUGAGCAAAGGCUUCAGGCUGUUAAAUCUCUAGGUCUCAAAACAAAAUCUCCUAAAAUAAAGAAAAUCAAGGAUUCGAAUCAAGGACCAGUGUGUCAGAAUAAAGAAUCUGAGAUGAUCGCACCAGCAAAGUUAGAUGCAGAGAAUUCCUUAUCUAGAUCCAUACACAGCCCUUCAAUCCCAUGUCCUUCUAUCGUUGACAGAACAACUGAAUUAGGGCACAGCCAGGGUUCUGGGGUGCCCGAAGUUUCCAGAGCUUUUGGUAUGGAAAACAUUGGUGUUGGUAGUUUGCAGUCUUCAAAGUCCUAUACAGACAAUACUAUGAAAAAAUCAUCAGUUCUUCCUUUGGUCCUUCAAAAUCUACCCUCUGAUAAGACAGGGGACAGCAAGGGAACCAGGUAUCCUGAUAUCUGGAGCAUGAAUGUCUUAUCCAAGGAAGAAAGUGGAAAGAAGAAAAUGGAGGAAUUCCAGAGGUAUUCUUCAUACACAUUCAGAUUACUAUCCCAGGAGUUUCAGGCAGGAUUAGUGGCUCGAAGAAGCACUAUCCAUUCUUUCCUGGGCAUACAGCAGAAUGUCUGGGAAAGCCAUGUCUGUAGGCAGAGACUACCUAGGAAAUACCUCUCCAGUAUGCUAAUGCUGGGGAAUGUCCUGGGAACCACUAUGGAAAGGAAGCCUUGUUCUCAACCCUUUUCAAUAGAAAGAUCCAGUAUGGACAGUUGUCAAUCCAUCGAAAAUUUAUUUGGGGUUCCAGCUGAACUGAUGGAAUUUUCCCAAAGCCUGCUAGAGAGGGUUCCAAGGACCAUGUCUCAGACGUCAGUGGAGAAAAAGUACAUACAGAGACAUAUUUUAUUUCACAGUAAUGAGAAGAAAAUGCCGCUGAAGAUGUGGACACGUGGCUCCACAUCUUCCAUAAUACAGAGAUUCUCUGGCACAAGAUUGGGAGUAAGGAAACCAAGCUCAAAACCCCACGAUAUUUUCCAGGAAGCCACUGAGCAUGUGUCCGUCUCAUGUACCGGGACCUGGUUUCCUGACUUGAUGAGAUCAGAGAUACUUUACACUAGGGAAGAUUCUGUUUCCAGGGAGCAGAGUAAAAUCUCACCAUGUGCACCGAGUAGGACUUUUGAGUCUCAGCAUUCCCUCAAGACAAGUUCUCUCUCCCAGUCAAACACCGAUAACUCAGAACAUCUUCUAAGAGAACUCAAGUUAAAAAUAGCAGGAAAACUCAUAAGAAGUCAAAUACCCCACAAUGUCCCUCCGCCUCUAGAUUCAGGUCUUGUCCUAAAGUAUCCAAUAUGCUUAGAAUGUGGCCGAUGUUCAGGCCUUAAUUGCUCUCAUAAGUUACAUUCUGCUUGGGGGCCGUACCUUCUCAUCUACCCACAGCUCCACCUUUUAAACAGCCCUGAAGGCCAUGGUGAUGUUCAAUUGCAUCUUGGAUUUAAAUUAGGGUAUCCACAGAAAGGUACUGGAUCACCAUCACAUAGAGAAGCUAGAUUCUCUAAGCUGGGUUCCAAGCAUCCUGGCUAUGGAAGCAAUCAGGAUGAAACAUGGAUUAAAUCAAGCCUCAGAAAGACCUCUGUCUUGACAGAUCCUUUGAAGAAAAUUGUCAAGGGACCUAAAACACAAAACACAAGGCUAUACAAAAUCAGUCCUAGAACACUGAGGGGUCUGUCAAGAAACAGAAUUGAAACCCCCCAAACAAGCACUGUUUCUUCCAAGACACAACCUGAGAAAUCCUCUCAGCCCAAAAUCAUCCAACCACUUGUUCAAGGCCUAAGGCAGGCAUUCCAAGCAGCACAUAGAAUUGUGACUUUUACGGGCCGGAAAUUGAAGAAGAUGAGGCCAGACAAGUUGUGUUCAGUCAACAACUUGUGCCCCAAACAAAAUGCCAAUGAUUACUUCAUGAGAGAUAGCGAAGGAGCGAGGACACCAGCUGUCAGGCUCAGGUCAACAGGCUCAAGCGCUAAGCAAAAGGACACAUGUCAGGGAGGAAGUGAGCGUGGUAGACAAGCUCCACAGCCCAAACCAGCGAGCUCUCUCCCACCCAGACCCUUGCAAUCGCAGAAGACCAUGGUUCGUGGAAGAGAUGACUCUAAACAAGCUACUCGAGUCCCCAAAAUAAUGGACAAUGUCUAUGGUGAUGAAGCACCAAAAAAUCAACCACAGCAACUCGGCUUCUUCAGGGAGAGAACCCCAUGUAAUAAGCCGUCUGAAAGAAGUCAUUGCCUGCUUCCUCAGGGAACUCAUUGGCAAAAUCUCUCUAAGAGGAGACAUCACAGUCCUUCUCGGAGAAGGCGUAGCAGUCCCUCUGACAGGACCCUUAGAAGUAUUUUGGAGAGGAUAUAUUGCAAUCCCUCCCAGAGAAACAGUCUCAGCCCCUCCUUAAGAAGUGUAUCUGAGAGAAGCCAAAACAGUGUAUUUAAGUGGAGAAGCCACAGCCCCUCAAAGAGCCCUCAAAUUGGUUCAAGGAGCCCUGGAAUUCGCUCAAGGAGGAGCUCUCGCAAUCCAUUGAGAAGUCCUCAUAGUCCCUCAGGGAGGAGCCCUCACAGGCACUCAGUCAGAAGUCCCUGCAGUCCUUCAGGAAGAAACAGUCACAGUCCUUCAAGGAGGAGCCCCCACAGGCGCCCUUGUAGACCUCUAGAGAGGAGGCAUAGCAGUCCCUCUGACAGAACCCUUAGACAUCUUUUGGAGCAGAUUUAUCACACUCCCUCCCAGAUCAACAGUCUUAGCUCCUCCAUAAGAAGUCUCUCUGACAGAAGCCAUAACGGUCUAUUUAAGGGGAGAGGCCACAGUCCCUCCAGGAGGAGGCCUCAAAGUCCUUCAGGGGAAAGCCCUAGCAAUCCCUUAAGAAGUCCUCGCAUUCCCUCAAGGAGAAUCCCUCACAGUCCCUCAAGGAGGAGCCCUUGCAGACCUCUAGAGAGAAGAGGAUGCAGUCCCUCUGUGAAGAAGAGUCUACACAGUCAUUUUGGGAGGAGCCAACAGAGUCCCUCUUCUCUGAGAUGCCUCAGUCCCUCAAAAAAGAGCCAUCUCAUUCUCAUGCGAAGGUCACGGGGCAGUCCUUCAGUAAGGAGCCAUGGUGAUUUCUCUGAAAGAGCUUUUUCCAUUCCCUCUCGCUGGAAGAGAUGUAGUUCCGGUGAUGUACUCUACCCCAACAUUACCUGGCAACAGCCAGGUAUGCCUGGCCAACUAUAAAAGGGGUUGCUUUUCCCUUCUUCUUUCUCUUACUGCUGCUCUCUUGCCCCCUUUCUCGCCUCUUUCCCCAUUCCCUGGCUGGCCUCAACUUCUUUGCUCUCUCCUUCACUCUGCCUUCCUCUGUUGCUACUACUCUCUUAACUCUUCUCCCCAUACCCUAAAUAAACCCUAUUCUAUAGUAUAGCAUCAUGUGUGUGGUCCCUCAGGGGGAAGGGAUGCCUUGGCUUGGGCCUGCGGAGCUAUCCCCUUGCCCCACACCUCACCACAGUCCCGUAGAACAUAUUCUUAUAUUUCUUUAUCUUUUUAUAAUCACAACAUCUAGAAUAAGCCUAGGACACUUCCUCUAACCCAGGCUACACAGGCAUUCUUACAGACUCCUGUCAUUCUGAGAGAACACAGUAUAGUCCCUCUGAAAGCAGACACAGUCAUUCUGAGAAGAUGCACAGAAGUCUCUCUGAGAGGAACCAGCACUGUCACUAUGAGAGACCCUGUCACAGUCCCCAGGGAGAGGCUCAAGCAUCGUUCCCCUAAUGUUUCCCUAACGAUCUUGGCUAAAGAGGUCAUGUCUUCCAGAGACCAUACCGAAAAUCCAGACGUGUGGAGGCAUGAAGUUAGUGGAUAAGGAGAGAUCUGCCCCUGUUAAGUGUAUUCCUGCUCAGCCACUGCCUGCACCCUUGGCACUGAAAGAGCUAUCUGGGAGGGAAGGGGAAGAGGAUGGGUCUGUAAUUUAAGAUCAAUAAAGAAAAGUGAGAUUUGAACCCCAUUAGCAUCUGUAAGACCACUUUUGGGAUGGGUGUGACC